AGACCGUGUGAUUGACGCUGAGGAAAACGGGGCGUUCGGUUUCCGCACCGCGAGCGCGUCGCCGCGUCGCAUCCGCUCCUCGCUCUCCGCGGCUGCGCUGCUGAGACUCAGGCGCGCGAGGACGGGAGGAAACGCGGACAUGGCGAGCGUCAACGUGCUGCGGCUGCGGCUGCGGCUGCUGGGCUUCUCCUGCCUCCUUCUAGCCGCCAACGUGCGAUGUCUGAACGGCGACGAGGACCAGAGCCCGGACAGCGAGUGCAAGAUGAAGAGCGUCACCGUGUCGGCGCUGCCGUUCCUGCGGGAGAACGACCUGAGCAUCAUGCACAGCCCGUCGGCCUCCGAGCCCAAGCUGCUCUUCUCCGUGCGGAACGACUUUCCCGGGGACGUGGUGGUGGUGGACGACCUGGAGAACACCGAGCUGCCGUUCUUCGUGCUGGAGAUCUCUGGGAACUCGGAGGACAUCCCUCUAGUGCGCUGGAGGCAGCAAUGGCUGGAGAACGGCACGCUGCUCUUCCACAUCCACCACCAGGACGGCAGCCUGACGCUCCCAGAUCCCACGGAGGACCCGGCCAAUGAUUCUACAAAGGAGGAGCUCCGCAUCCUGCACAUCUCUGUGAUGGGCGGGAUGAUUGCGCUUCUGCUUUCCGUCCUCUGCCUGGUUCUAAUCCUCUACACCCGGAGGCGCUGGUGUAAACGCCGUCGCAUCCCUCAGCCCCAGAAGAGUGCCAGUGCUGAGGCGGCUAAUGAGAUCCACUACAUCCCCUCGGUUCUGAUGGGAGGCCAGGCACGGGAGAGCUUGAGGAAUUCUCGUGGUCAGGGGCCAAACUCCAGUGGAACCCUCAGCAUCCGGGAGACCCCGAUUCUGGACGGGUAUGAGUAUGACAUUACAGAUCUACGUCACCAUCUCCAGCGUGAAUGUAUGAAUGGUGGUGAAGAAUUUACCAGCCAAGUCACCCGAACCUUGGACUCUCUGCAGGGUUGCAAUGACAAGAACAAUAUGGACCUCACACCUGUGAGCGACAACACCAAACUGGCUUUAAUGAACAAAUACAAGGACAACAUCAUCGCCACCAGUCCCAUCGACAGCAACCACCAGCAGAACACGCUGCUUCCACAUAACACCUCCACCAGUCAACGCAAGCGUCUCUCCAGCAACACCCGUGCGGGUUCAACAUUCUUGAACCCAGACGGGGACUCUGGGACGGAGGCAGACAGUGAGCCUCAGCUGGCCUUUUACACUGACCCAAACCGCAGUCGGCGCCGGAGUCGAGGUAUGAGAAAUGGUAACGCCAACAGCGCGUGGGGCUCCGGGGCAGCAGGGUCCCCUCGGAGCCCCAUCAGUAAGACCACCCUGACCCUCAUCAGCGUGGUCAGCUGCGUCCUGGGCCUGGUCUGCUCCUCGCACCUGUCCUGCAGCCUCUCCGUCCGGGUCAUCCUGCACGUGCCGGAGCACCUCAUCGCAGACGGAUCAAGGUUCAUUCUGCUUCAGGGGAGCCAGUUGGACGCGUCUGACUGGCUGAACCCGGCCCAGAUACUGCUGUACUACCAGCAGAAUGCCAGCGGACCCUGGGUCAGCGAGCUGUGUGGACGGCGCCUCCUGGACCCGUGUGAGCACCAGUGUGACCAGGAGACAGGAGAAUGUGUGUGUCUGGACGGCUACAUGAAGGACCCGGUCUACAAGCACCUGUGCAUACGCAGCGAGUGGGGGCCCAAUCAGGGUCCCUGGCCUUACACCAUCUUCCAGCGCGGUUUUGAUCUUGUGAUGGGAGAACAACCUUCUGAUCGCAUUUUCAGGUUCACAUACACCCUGGGAGAAGGGAUGUGGCUGCCACUGAGUAAAAGCUUCGUCAUCCCCCCUGCUGAGCUCGCCAUCAACCCCUCAGCCAAGUGCAAGACGGACAUGACCGUCAUGGAGGACGCGGUGGACGUGCGAGAGGAGUUGAUGAUCAGCUCAUCGUUUGACUCCCUGGAGGUUCUGCUGGACUCUUUCGGACCCGUCCGAGACUGCACCAAGGACAAUGGAGGCUGCAGCCGCAACUUCCGCUGCAUAUCGGACCGAAAGCUGGACUCCACGGGAUGCGUGUGUCCUCCGGGGUUGAGUCCUAUGAAGGAUGGGACUGGCUGCUACGACCACCACAUCGGCAUCGACUGCUCCGAUGGCUUCAACGGAGGAUGCGAGCAGCUGUGUCUCCAGCAGCUGGCCCCUCUGGAGGACGACCCCACGCUUUACAACAUCCAGAUGUUCUGUGGGUGCAUCGAGGACUACAAGCGCGGGCCGGAUGGAAGGUCGUGCCUGCCGCUGUCUGAAGCCUGCACCGAGGGCCUGGACUGCAGCGAGGCCGCAGACGUCCCCGCCAACCAGACCGUGUUCGGAGACCUCUUCUACGGCUACAACAACCACAGCAAAGAGAGCACAGCGGGGCAGAUCCUCAAAGCCACCUUCAGGCAGAAGAACUUUGCCCGAGGCAUUGAGCAGCAGCUCCCAGAUGGAAUGGUGGUGGCGUCGGUGCCAACAGAGGUUCAGUGCCACGAGGAGCUGUCGGACCCCGUGCCCGACCCAGAAUACCUCACAGGUAUGGUGAACUACAGCGAGGUGUCUGGCUACCCGCUGGUUCAGCACUGGAGCCUCCGCUCGGUGCUGUACCACGUCAAGCUCAAUCAGUGGGUGCUGUCUCAAGCCUUCAGCUCCGCCGUUCACUCCCUGGACGGCGCCACGCAGCGAAGCGACUUCGUCUCCAUCCUCAGGGAGUUCGGGAACCACUACGUUCAGGAGGCCGUGUAUGGGUUCCAGGAGUCCUGCACCAUCUGGUACCCCAACAAGCAGGUCCAGAGGCAACUGUGGCUGGAGUAUCAGGACAUAAGCAAAGGUAGGACAGGACACACUCACUCACACAGUGGGUGGAGUCAAUCCUUGUAAUGUGGGUGUUUGCUU